AUGCGUUGCAAUAAUAACUACGAUCCGUAUAAUCAGCAAUAUUCGGGUUUCAUCGGCGGUAAGUCUGAGACGGCAUUCAUACUGAUUGUGUGGUCAGUACUGAUGUGGUCCGCACUACUGAUGCUGUGCUAUACCUUUUCAACACAAAUGGCAACCGAUAUCCCAAAGACUAUUUCCAUCAGAAAUAGACAUCCAUUAAAUGGUAUAUCAGAGCCAGGAUUUGCCGGCAAAAUAGUCGCAUCGGUAGGUGUUUGGAUUUAUACUAUCAGUCGUUUACGGGUUUAGUGUAUAUUAUUUCUAUAAACUUUAUAAAACAUUGUUAGAUGUGGUGUAAAUACAAAG